AUGGUUAAUUUUACAGUUGAGCAAAUUCGUGAGAUUAUGGGUAAGCCCCAUAAUAUUCGUAACAUGUCUGUAAUUGCUCACGUCGAUCAUGGCAAAUCAACACUGACAGACUCUCUUGUAUGCAAAGCAGGUAUUAUUGCUUCAAAGGCAGCAGGAGAUGCCCGUUUCACUGAUACCCGUGCUGAUGAGCAGGAACGUUGCAUUACAAUUAAGUCAACCGGUAUUUCACUUUUCUUCGAACAUGAUUUAGAGGAUGGGAAAGGUAGGCAACCUUUUUUAAUCAACUUGAUCGAUUCCCCAGGACACGUAGACUUUUCUUCAGAGGUUACUGCAGCUCUUCGUGUAACUGAUGGUGCGCUGGUUGUUGUUGAUGCUGUAGAUGGCGUAUGUAUCCAAACUGAGACAGUGCUUAGACAAGCAUUAAAUGAGAGAAUUAAACCCGUACUUCACGUAAAUAAAGUAGAUAGAGCUUUGCUGGAAUUGCAAUGGGAGGCCGAAGAUAUUUACCAAAACUUCACUCGUGUCAUUGAAAACGUUAAUGUUAUUAUUUCUACAUAUUCUGACGAGUUGAUGGGCGAUGUUCAGGUAUUUCCAGAAAAAGGUACAGUCUCAUUUGGUUCCGGACUUCAUGGCUGGGCAUUUACUAUUGAAAAAUUUGCUCGUAUUUACGCCAAAAAGUUUGGUGUUGAAAAAUCAAAAAUGAUGCAAAGAUUAUGGGGAGACAACUUCUUUAACCCAGAGACGAAGAAAUUUACAAAGACUCAGGAACCAGGAAGUAAAAGAGCAUUCUGCCAAUUUAUUAUGGAACCAAUAUGCCAACUAUUUUCUUCAAUUAUGAAUGGUGAUAAGGCCAAAUACGAAAAAAUGCUAGUCAAUUUGGGUGUAGAACUUAAGGGUGACGACAAAGCUUUAGUGGACAAACCUUUAUUAAAGAAAGUUAUGCAGUUAUGGUUGAGUGCAGGUGAUACGCUGUUGGAAAUGAUUGUUACACACUUACCAUCGCCUGCUGCGGCUCAAAAGUACCGUGUUGAGAACUUGUACGAGGGUCCUCAAGAUGAUGAGACUGCCAAAGGUAUUAGGGAUUGUGACCCUGAUGCUCCCUUGUGUAUGUUUGUUUCGAAAAUGGUUCCCACAAGUGAUAAAGGUCGUUUCUAUGCAUUUGGCCGUGUUUUCUCUGGAACAGUUGCGACUGGACAGAAGGUUCGUAUUCAGGGUCCAAGAUACCUCCCAGGUGGUAAGGAGGACUUGAACAUUAAGAAUAUACAACGUACUGUCCUUAUGAUGGGGCGUUAUGUUGAACAAAUUCCGGAUGUACCUGCGGGGAAUACGGUUGGUUUGGUUGGGAUUGAUCAAUAUUUACUAAAGUCUGGUACAAUUACAACGUCUGAAACCGCAUAUAAUAUUGCAUCUAUGAAAUAUUCAGUAUCUCCAGUAGUUCGAGUUGCGGUAAGACCGAAGGAUAACAAAGAAUUGCCAAAGCUUGUAGAGGGUCUCAAGAAGCUGUCAAAGUCAGACCCACUAGUUGUUUGCAGUAAGGAAGAGACGGGUGAGCAUAUUAUUGCAGGAUGUGGUGAGCUGCAUGUAGAAAUUUGCUUGCAAGAUCUCCAACAAGAAUAUGCACAGAUCGAAAUUGUGGCAUCCGACCCAAUUGUAUCUUACAGAGAAACUGUAAUCAAUUUGUCAAGCCAGACAUGUUUAUCUAAAUCUCCCAACAAGCAUAAUAGAUUGUACAUGACCGCUGAACCUUUACCUGAUGGAUUGACUGACGACAUUGAAGAAGGGAAAGUUUCUCCAAGGGAUGACCCUAAAGAGAGAUCAAACCUCUUGCAUGACAAGUAUGGAUUUGACAAGAACGCUGCAAUGAAGAUUUGGUGUUUCGGACCUGAAACUACCGGGCCAAACAUUAUGGUCGAUGUCACUACUGGUAUCCAGUACUUGACCGAAAUAAAGGACCAUUGCAACUCUGCGUUCCAAUGGGCAACUAAAGAGGGAAUUUUGUGUGAAGAAGAUAUGAGAGGUAUUCGCUUCAAUCUUCUUGAUGUAACACUACACGCUGAUGCUAUCCAUCGUGGAGCAGGACAAAUUACCCCAACAUGCCGUCGUGUAAUGUACGCAGCCGCGCUGACUGCUUCGCCCAGAUUGUUAGAGCCUAUGUUUUUAGUCGAGAUUUCUGCUCCACAGGAAGUAGUGGGUGGAAUCUACGCCACACUUAAUCAAAGAAGGGGUCAUGUUUUCCAUGAAGAGCCUAAAUCUGGUACACCUCAAGUAGAGAUCAAGGCAUACUUGCCAGUCGCUGACUCCUUCAAGUUUACCACUGUUCUCCGUGCAGCAACAUCGGGUAAGGCAUUCCCACAAUGCGUGUUUGAUCACUGGGAGUUGAUUAACGGCGAUCCACUGGAGAGAGGAAGUAAGACAGAAGAACUUGUGAAGGCAAUUAGAAGAAGAAAGAAUAUUAAGGAAGACAUUCCUGCUCUUGACAAUUACUUAGAUAAGCUUUAA